GAUGCGCGCCGGAUGAAAAGAACUGUGGAGCCAAAUCUUCUGAAUUAAAACACAAUCUGCUUGCUUGGUGCUGAAAUUCAACAGAAGAACGAGAUUACUUAGCGUUUGAGCAUUGUGUCUCACGCUUUUGUGUGUAAUUUCCCCACCCUGUCGAAAUGGCAGAUAAAGAGGUGUAUGACGAUGCUGUGGAGGAGAGGGUCAUCAACGAAGAAUACAAAAUUUGGAAAAAGAACACGCCGUUUCUGUAUGAUCUGGUUAUGACACACGCCCUUGAAUGGCCCAGUCUCACAGUUCAGUGGCUGCCCGAUGUAAACAGACCAGAGGGAAAGGACUACGCUGUCCACAGGCUGGUGUUGGGGACACACACCUCCGACGAACAAAAUCACUUGGUUAUUGCGAGUGUCCAGAUCCCUAAUGAUGAUGCACAGUUUGACGCUUCUCAUUACGACAGUGAAAAAGGAGCAGAGUUUGGGGGUUUUGGAUCUGUGAGUGGUAAGAUUGAAAUUGAGAUCAAGAUCAACCAUGAGGGUGAGGUGAACCGUGCACGCUACAUGCCUCAGAACCCCUGCAUUAUCGCCACAAAGACGCCCACCUCCGAUGUUCUGGUGUUUGACUACACCAAGCACCCCUCCAAACCAGACCCCAGUGGAGAGUGCAGUCCAGACCUGAGGCUGCGAGGGCAUCAGAAAGAGGGCUACGGCCUCUCCUGGAACCCUAACCUCAGCGGCAACUUGUUGAGCGCAUCAGACGACCAUACCAUCUGCCUGUGGGACAUCAGUGGUAGUCCGAAGGAAGGGAAGAUCAUCGACGCUAAGACCAUCUUCACUGGACACACAGCUGUGGUGGAAGAUGUAUCCUGGCACCUGCUCCACGAGUCUCUCUUUGGCUCUGUGGCGGAUGACCAGAAGCUUAUGAUCUGGGAUACUCGAUCUAACAACACAGCAAAGCCCAGCCAUUCGGUGGAUGCCCACACCGCAGAGGUCAACUGCCUGUCCUUCAACCCCUACAGCGAGUUCAUUCUGGCCACUGGCUCAGCUGACAAGACGGUGGCUUUGUGGGACCUCCGCAACCUGAAACUGAAGCUGCACUCCUUUGAGUCGCACAAGGAUGAGAUCUUCCAGCAGGUACAAUGGUCCCCUCAUAACGAGACCAUCCUGGCAUCCAGUGGCACGGACCGACGACUCAAUGUGUGGGACCUGAGUAAAAUCGGGGAGGAGCAGUCAGCUGAGGAUGCAGAGGACGGACCUCCUGAGCUCCUGUUUAUUCAUGGUGGACACACAGCCAAGAUCUCUGACUUUUCCUGGAAUCCCAAUGAACCAUGGGUGAUCUGCUCGGUGUCAGAGGAUAACAUCAUGCAGGUUUGGCAGAUGGCGGAAAAUAUUUACAAUGAUGAGGAACAAGACACCCCUGCUUCAGAGCUGGAGGGGCAGGCCUCAUAACGCCGCUGCCCGUGGGGCAGUUGAGGGGGGAUUGGGGAUACUGGCACUUCAGAGGCCCCUGAAGGUCCCUCAGCUGCAAGAAACCGGUUUAGUUUCUCCGCCUCUAGUUUCUAUUCCUCUGCAUUCCACAGAAUAGUGAGCGCCACUCUAUCCCUCUUCAGCCCGCCAACAGCAGGUUGAUGUGGUCCUUAUUGAAACAAUCCCUUUCGUAAUCAGUGUUGGGUCGGUGUUGCUGGAACGGCCUCCAGAUCUCUUGCAACCGGCUUAGUUUCGUCCUUCAUGGUCAUGCUGAACAGAGCUUCGCAUUGUAGAGGGGAUGAGGGUGGCUAUUUUUCAACAAAUGCACUUGACAGAUGCAAUCUAAGGUCACAGCAUCCUGAUAUGACACACCCUUUCAGGGCCAGAUGGCAGGGUAACAUUUUCUCUUCUUCAGUUUUUCUUUUUGUGCUUAACCUGAUGAGAAUUGCAAUAAAAUGUUUUGUAAUAACUUUUAAA